AUGAGCCCCCCUCUCCCCGGCCGGGCCCCGGCUUUAAUUAGCCAUGGCCCAGAGCGGCUUUCCCCGGCCAUCUGUAGCCCCGGUGACCGACCUAAUCAGGGGGAUAAGCUGCUUAUGGAGGCGCAGCUGGAGCGGGCGCUGAGGGGGCCGAGGGUGGCUGUGGCCGCGAAGGAGGUGCCGGCUCAGACGCUCGGUGUGGUCGGUCCCCGGGGCCCAGCAGUGCCGGUGCCUCUCGAAGUGGAUAAAGAGUUUAGACCAGGCCAGCAGCUUAGUGCUAAAUCUGUAGAAGUCAACAACUGUGAUGUUAAGUGCAGCAAAGAGUCAGAAGAGAUCUCAGAGAGCAGCUUCUGGUCAUUGAAGGUGAAUGAGCAAAGUUUCUGGCGCUUGUGUGACAAACAAAUCCUAACAAGGUGUUUCCAAGCCUGGAGGAGAUACAUCCUUUGGAAGAGGGCAGCCACACAGCUCUACAGACACCAGCUGCUUCAGAAGGGCUUUGGUGCUCUGCAGGGGAUUGUGCACCAGAGGAGGACACAAUUGGAGGUGGCCCAGCAGAGACAUGCUUCAGCUCUGCUAGCUGCCAGCUUCCAGAGGUGGAAGGAAGCUAUGGCAAAACAGAGCCAGAAGAAAGCUCUGCAGCCUGAGCCUUACUCCUACACCCAAAGUUCAUCAGUGGGGAUUUUUGGAGUAGGAAGAUUGGCCACUAUGACAACCCCAGCUCAGCAUCAGCUUCCAGCAGGAUACUCAAAGGAAGUGAAGCAGGCUCAUAGGAUGGAGGGAGAGCUGUGGACUCAGCUUCGUCACAGGCAGAGAGGAGAGUUCUGCUGGGGAGUUGAAGCAAUCAGAGACAUGAGGAGGCUGGCUGCUUUCAGACUGUGGCGCCUGCAGAAGGAGCUGCUGAGCAAAGAGGAAGCCAGGCUUUUGGAAGCCCGUGCUCUGCUGGAAAAGAAAAAGCUACAAAACAUUUUCUGGAUGUGGCAUUCCCAAAGCUUGGAAAUGAAAAAGAUUCUAACACUGACAACUCAAAUCCAAAGAAACUUGGUUUCCCGGUGCUUCAGUACCUGGAAGGAGGCUGUUGAGCAGAAGGCACUUGACAGGUGCAACCUGGCCCAUCUCAGAGCAGUAUCACUGAGGAAGCACUUCCAGCAGUGGGUUGGGAUGCUGCAGGUCAGAGGAGGUGAUAAGCAGGCAGUGCUGAACCUCUUCCUCCUGCAGUGGAGGCAGCAUUAUGGUGAGCAGCUUGGGGGCUGUGCAGAAUCUAAACUUUAG